AUGUCAAAAGUCUCUAUCAAUCAAGACCUCCCCUUACGGCCUGAGGACAUAUCGUCCGAGUGGCUUAGCAGCGUCUUAGGCUGCAUAGUAGAGUCUUUUACUAUGACGUUUACUACGCUAAACGCAACUACGGGAAAGGUUUUCGUGACCAUCUCUUACAAGCACACUGUAGAGACAGACCGGCCAACACACGUCUGCCUCAAGGGCUCUUUCAACCCCUCCAUGAUGGCCCUGGAAGGGUAUCGCGAGCUUUUGCUAGCUAUGUAUACCCGUGAGGUCGAAUUUUUCAACCAGAUAGCACCCCGAAUUCCAGCUAUCAAGCUCCCCAAGGUUUGGCGUGCCUUGGCCAGCACCCAUCAGGGCUUACUCGUCAUGGACGAUCUCUACCAGAUGGGCUAUACCUUUGGAGAGCCUGCCAUUCCAUGGGCCGUUGACAAAGUCGUUGCGGGUGUCGAACAGCUUGCCGUUCUUCAUGCCGCGACUUGGAAUACGACUGAGUACCCGUGGCUCACGCCCUCAUACGAAGAGGUCAUGAUCGGCCUGGCAGACCAGUGGGAAAACGUGGUACUAGGAGCCGACCGCCCACCGAUUCCCGACAUGAUUCAGAACAAGGAUCGGACGGUGGCAGCCAUGAGGAAGCACUUCGCUACCAAGAACUCGAAGUUUCUUUGCGUAGUACACGGCGACCCACACCUCGGCAAUACCUUUCUCGAUCGGGAGGGCCAGCCCGGCUUCCUCGACUGGCAGACGGCCCAUAUCGGCUCUGCUUUUCACGACGUCGCAUAUUUUGUGAUCGGGUCCCUGUCUAUCGACGACAGGCAGGAGCACGAGAUAGCCAUCCUCGAACGCUAUCUUGCGCAGCUGGCUCGAUUGGGCUGUUCGCGCUUGUCAGCGCAGGAGGAAGACGUCUUGACAGAAUACAAGAAGUCCAUGAUGGCCGGUAUGGGGUGGGUUCUCACGCCUUUCGCCAUAUAA